AUGAGCCGUAAACAGGAGACAGACCUGAUGAAUGUGGUGAGGCAGAUUAUGGACUUGGACCAGCAGAACCGGCAGCAGGAGGCUCGUGUGACCGAGGCCGAAAGCAAGUACUCCGAGAUCAACAACAGAGUGGAAAUCAUGCAGCUGCAGACUCUACAAUCUGCCACGCAGACCUCAUCAGAUGCCAUAUACGAUUGCGCUUCACUCUACACCAGAAACUAUAGGAUCUCUGGGGAGUACAAACUGCCUAAAGAUGAUUUUCUGGGAACACCUGAGCUUAAUGUUUACUGUGAUAUGGAGACAAAGGGGGGUGGCUGGACAGUGAUUCAAAGACGCAAGAUCGGCCUGACUUCUUUUAACCGCGAUUGGAAACAGUACAAGCAAGGAUUUGGAUCCAUCCGCGGAGACUUCUGGCUGGGCAACGAGCACAUCUUCCGUCUUACCAGGCAGCCCACUGUGCUGAGGAUCGAGCUCGAGGACUGGCAAGGGUUGAGGCGGUUCGCAGAGUAUGGCUUUUUCACUGUGGCUAAUGAGCUCAACAGCUACAAGCUCUUUAUUGCCAACUACACUGGCAACGCCGGAGACUCCCUUCGCUACCACAACAACACCAACUUCAGCACCAUGAACAAGGAUAAUGACAAGUGUGUGGACGACUGUGCCGCACUGCGCAAAGGUGGCUACUGGUACAACUGCUGCACAGACUCCAACCUGAACGGAGUGUUUUAUCGCUACGGUGAGCACACAAGAAACUCUGAUGGGAUCACAUGGUACGGCUGGCACGGCUCCAACUACUCCCUGAAGAAAGUGGAGAUGAAAAUCCGUCCUGUAGGUUUUCAUCCAUAG